UAAUGUCUUUGGUUGUAGUGAAGUGUGCUGGAGUGACGCAGCGCGCGGCUCGCCCCUGCUCUUCAGUUCUGGAAACCCCGCGCGCGGACCUGCCAACGCCCGGCGCAGAGACACAAACAGAAAGGAUACGAUCUUGAAUGAGAACAGUGGUUUCAUAAAAGCACAGCUAUGCAGACGAUCAAGUGCGUCGUUGUUGGUGAUGGUGCAGUCGGUAAAACCUGUCUAUUAAUCUCCUAUACAACGAAUAAAUUCCCCUCCGAAUAUGUACCAACGGUCUUUGAUAACUAUGCAGUUACGGUUAUGAUUGGUGGAGAGCCAUACACCCUUGGGCUGUUUGACACUGCAGGUCAGGAAGAUUACGAUAGAUUACGACCCCUGAGCUACCCUCAGACAGAUGUCUUCUUAGUCUGUUUCUCAGUUGUUUCACCCUCUUCGUUUGAAAAUGUCAAAGAAAAGUGGGUACCUGAAAUCACCCACCACUGUCCAAAGACCCCCUUCCUGCUCGUGGGGACACAAAUUGAUCUGAGAGAUGAUCCUUCAACCAUUGAGAAGCUUGCUAAGAACAAACAGAAACCCAUCACUCCGGAGACAGCAGAGAAGCUAGCCCGCGAUCUGAAGGCUGUCAAAUACGUGGAGUGCUCCGCUCUGACGCAGAAAGGCCUAAAGAACGUAUUUGAUGAGGCGAUUUUGGCAGCCCUGGAGCCCCCAGAGCCCAAGAAGAAGCGUAAAUGUGUGCUGCUAUGAGCGCCCUCUUUCCCAUCUCUCCCCCUCCCUUCUUUACUCUGCUAAGGCUGGUCCACAGCUGUACACUCUAAAAAGCAAUGUGUAAAAGUGUGUUUCUAAAUUUGCUCUGCAAUAAAGAUAUAAAGAGUACCCACCAUACACAUGCACAUAAACACACAACCCACAUGCCCAUUAAUAUAAAAACCUUAGAGGGCCUUUUCUAUUCUUGAUUCCAGGGAUCUUGCUUCUGUACUUCAUGGUGAGAUUUAUUAGAGAUACUGCCUUGGUUUGCCAGUCGUAUUUUGACAUUUAAGUGGGUUAAUGUAAGAUCAUACAGUAAUAAUGCUGCACGGGCACUCUCAGUCGCUAAAGUCUUUAGUAGGUAGGUUCAGGUUGUAUUUCUUACCAUCAGGCUCUGCAAACAUUAUGUUGUUCAAAAUGGCAACCAAAUCACUCUGACCUGAUCUGAAACGUCACCAGCCCAAGAAAAAAAACGAAUUAGCAUAUUUGGAGAUGUGUUCACGAGUCUGCCGGAAUCCCUCUCCCACGCUCAAGCAACAUCACCUGAAGUGCUUAGAAAUAGCUCCUUAUUUUUUUGCCAAUAUUCCCAUUUGAUAGGCAUUCAAGACAGUAGUCCUGUAAAUGCUUCAGUUGUUUUCAGUGUAUAAUUUUGGCUUCUCAUGAAAAGAAUUGGUCUAUCUCAAGCAGGGAACUUUCUAACAGUGUUAGCAGAACAAGUGGCGUGUUCUAAUGCGUUGCUAGGGACCAUGGAAGCGUUUUCCCAGAACUUGUGAUGCAUGUAGGUAAGCCUCCAGGUUCCUUUGGAUAGGUUAACAUUAAUAAUAAUAAUGUAAGCUGACAAAAGUUGUUGUAGGCUCCAGUUGUUUUUAUUUUUUUGUGAUUAUUGAAUUUUUUUUUUAAUCUUAAUUUUGUUUUCCUCAAAGGUUCAUUUCACUCCUCUUGUGUAGGGGCUGGGUCCCAGCAAUUCUUUGAUCCGCUUGUGUUUUUAAGGAAGAAAGCAACCUUUGAAUGUUUGUGUCAGUGCAAGAUAUCCUCUCUCAGAACUAUGAACCAAGUUUAAUAGUUUAACACAGGCGGAUCAGAGUUUGUUCGAUUUCCAGUCUUUUUUUCCCCUCCCAAGUUUGUUUGUUUUAAUUUUGUUUUGGUGUAAACCAAAUGCUCUGUAUGAAGUCUCUCCUUUGUACUGUAUAUGCAUUCUUUUGAGAGAAAAAAAAUAUAUGUGUAUAUUAAACUCAUACCUUAAUUGCCUUUA